AUAUUAUUUUAUUUAGCCAAUCACAAAUUAGAGAGUUUACUUCCGCUAACUAGGCUACGUCAUCAUGUGUUCUUCUUAAAGCUUAGUAUUUUCAUUUAGAAUGUUGCUACUUCUUAAUAUAAAUCCUUUUUUGAUAAGAUAUGAGUGGCCAAAUGGUAAUAUGAAAUGGAAAAAGCUUCAUAGAAAGAAUUAUGCAAUUUUUAAUGCAUAAUCAUGCAAAAACGGGAAUGUAUUGGCAAUGGAACGUUGGGCUACUUCGUGUUUUAUUUUUGCUAUCAAUUAAAUUAUCACAAACAGGAAGCAUUUCCAAUAGAAGAGUUCAAUCGAUCUUAUUUACAGGUCCAGACAACACAAGUGAUGGAACAAAAAGGGAGAAAAGGCUUGCCACAUGUCUUCCAUAUUCUGGUGGUAUAUGCUCAAAAUAUUUGGACUCUGAAAAAUUAGUCUACUAUACUGAGUCACCAAAUGUGGUUGAAAAGCGUCUUUCUGGACCAUUCACAGUCAUAGAAGGUCGUUUCAAAGAUCAUUGCAAGACAUAUGCACUACCAGCACUCUGUUUGACAUCUUUUCCUUAUUGUGUGUCAAAAACAGAUCCACAACCUGUUAAACUUUGCAUUGAUGAUUGUAACCAUUUAUAUGACGUUGUUUGUAAGCAUGACUUCAAUCUUGCAAGGAGAGUUGCAACAAGAUAUCCACCUCUUUUCAAAAUUAUGCCACAUUGUGAAAAUUUGACCAAAGGAAGCAACUGUAUUGAACUUGGUUUUGAUGAAGAUAACAAUAAGUCUCAUGAAGUUGUUACAAGUCAUCCUAAUCGUAUAUACAGUGAUUUAAAUUCAUCUCUUAAUGAGCAAUCCUCCACUUCACCAAAUGUAUCAAUCUUUCCUGAAGUUAAAGCCGGAAUCAACAAUAGUAGCAGUAAUGUGUUGUUAAAAAGUGAAAGUCCAACUGUUGUAAAUGCUAAAAACACAUCUGACAAAGUUGAAUUUCAAUUAAAGGAGGGAACAACAUUAAUGCAGACAAAAUCAACUUUGAACAACAAACCCACAAAAGUUUCAAUUAUUCAUCUUCAAGUUUCUAUUGUUGGGGAUACACUUAUUAAAUUUCCUAAAGAUACGGCAAGCUUGUAUGCUAGUGCCUGGCCCAAAGAAAAUAAAGACCAUCCUUAUAGUUAUCAAUGGCAGCAGAUUUCUUCCCCAGAAGGUAGUCAUGGUUACAUGGAAGGCAAAAAUGCUCAGAGAGUUGUACUUAGUCAGUUGAAUAAACCUGGUAUUUACCAAUUAAGAGUUGUGGUUCGUAGUGCACAUUACGCUUAUGGAAAAACAUUUGUAAAUAUUACAGUGGAACAACCAAAGCGAGUGAACAAGCCACCGCGUGCUGACAUUUCUCCCAAAGAACAGACGAUAACAUUACCUACAAACGAAGUUGUUUUAGAUGGAUCAAAGAGUUCUGAUGAUGAUAGAAUUGUGGAAUAUAAAUGGCAAGAAUUAAAAGGACCACUGACAGAGAAAAAUGGCAAGAUAAUAAAGUCAGGAGUUGAUUCUCCAGUUUUGCAGCUGAAAUCUCUUUUACCUGGAGUAUAUACUUACAAACUAACUGUUACAGACUCUGAUGGUGAUACUGAUUCCACUACUGCGACCGUUACGGUGAAUGAAGAAAAAGAUUAUCCUCCAGUUGCUCGAGCUGGAAAUGAUGUCGUCAUUACACUACCCGAAAACUCUGUUACUUUAUAUGGAAAUGGAAGCACGGAUGAUCAUGGGAUCAAGUCUUAUGAAUGGAGCAAAAGUCCGUUAAGUCCAGCCUGUGAUCUCCAGGGCAGUUCUGGUCCAAUACUACAUGUAUCUAACAUGGUUGGAGGAGAUUACUCUUUUACUCUUAGAGUUACAGACUCUGGUGGUCAAACUUCCGACAGUAGAGUUACGGUUGUAGUUCGACCCGAACAAAAUUCUCCUCCUGUAGCCAAAGGUGGGGAUGACAAAGACCUCGUGUUUCCCGACGACAGCACUACGCUAAAUGCGAAGGAUAGUAGCGAUGAUCAAGGGAUUGCUAGUUAUAAAUGGGAAAAGUUGAGCGGUCCAUCUUCAGUAAUCAUGUCUGGCGUUGACAAAAUGAUUCUCAAUCUUUCUCAAUUGAAAGAGGGACAUUACGUGUUUAAGUUGACUGUUACAGAUACAAAAGGACUAACAGAUACAGACACAGUUUCAGUGACUGUUAAACGAGAUGAUAAUAAACCACCUACUGCUGUUGCUGGACCAGAUAUUGUGGUGAAACUUCCAAAUCGUGCCGCUGCUCUGGAUGGCUCAAGUUCCAGUGAUGACUACGGUAUAAUAUCAUACAUCUGGAGUAGAGAUUUAAAAAGUCCCGCAGCGGGGGAUGUGAUUAAUGGCAGUGAUCAUCAAGCUAUAUUGAGACUGUCUAAUCUUGUCAAAGGUAUUUAUCAAUUCCGUUUAACCGUUCGAGAUGGCAAAGGAAAAGAAUCACAUGAUGAUGCCAAAAUUUACGUCAAAGAAGACGAAAACGGUCCAAACCUGGUGGAACUUUAUCUAGACGUAGACGUAACAUCAUUUACCGAGGAAAACAAGAGGCAACUUGUGAGGAAACUUGCUGUAUCGCUGAAAGUUGAUGACUCUGAUAUCGUUAUUGAACAUAUUCAACCUUCUGGACGUGGCAAUAGUUUAGUUGUACUAUUCUACGUAAAAGACAGUCUGAUCAAGCGGCCUCGAGAUGGUAAAGAAAUUUCGUACAUAUUAAAACAACAGUUGCGAGAUAACUACUUUGAAUUUAGGAUGAAAGAAGUUGAACCAUACGUAUGUCGAAAUAACUGUUCAGGUCGUGGGUUCUGUGAUCAACAUACAAAACAAUGCAUUUGUGAAAGUUUUUGGAUGCAAGAUCCGUUCAAAGCAAGAUUUGGAGUAAAGGAGAGUAAUUGUGACUGGAGCAUUCUUUAUGUGACUGUCACAGUGUUUGCUGUCAUUGUUGUUAUUGUUGGUGUAACAUGGACUGUAUGCUUCUGUAUUGGAAGGAGUAAAAGACAUCGUAAAAAACAGCAAUAUUCAAUCAUUGGAGAUGAGGAUGGUGAUGAUAUAAACAACGAAACAAUCGAAUUAUAUGAUAAAUUCAUUAAUUCAAGCAUCGUGAGUGAUACAGACAUCGACUCUGAGGAAGAAACACUGUUCGAAAACCACAGACCAUACAAGCCAAACAGAGCGUCACAAAUAAAUGGGACGAUUAAGAACGUUCGAAAAAAUCGUCAUACUUGACGGAAGAUGACUACAUCACUAGCUUUCAUUUUCAACUUGUAACAGCGUUUCUACUGCUAACAGUUAUUUACUUAAACUGUUGAGCAAAAAUUUGUUGCAAUUUCCUUUUAUAGUGUUUAAUAUUCAUAAAUUAUAAUAUUUAAAUAAUACCAAAA